AUGGCCCGAGGCGUGUCCAAAGCGACCGUCCGCCCGCCCCCCCAGGCGUGGCUCGCGAACUGCCUCCACGCCGCGAAGGUCGUGACCGUGAGCGGGCCGUACAAGCCGCCGCCGUCGUCGAAGCCGUCCGAGGCGAAGGCGUCGAAGGAGACGGCCGCGAAGAAGGAGGCGGGCGUCAAGCGCCCGCGCGGGGAGUCCGCGGAGACGAAGUUUCGCACCACGGAGCGCGACGGGUACGGGUGGCUGCAGUGCGACUCGUGCCAGAAGUGGAGAUACGCCCCGGAGACAUGCGUCACGGACAAGUGGACGUGCGACCAGAUGGCCGACCCGCGACGCCCCGGGAUCGACUGCGCGUCCCCCGAGGACGCCCCCCCGCACGUCGGCGCGGGCGUCCCGGCCCCGCCCGAGGGGUGGCGCCGAGAGGUGAUCCCGCGUCGGUCCACCCUCGGCGCGGACGCGUACUACUACAGCCCGUGCGGCAAGCGCAUGCGCUCGAAGCCGGACGUGCAGCGGUUCCUCGACGCGUGCAGAAAAGAGGGGAAGUACGAGGACGUGUGCAUCGACGCGUUCGACUUUGGGACGACGCUGAAGCCGGCGCGAGCCAAGGCGGACGGGAGGGCGGGGAAGAAGGUCGCCGCGCCCGCGGACGAGAAGCCCGCGAAGAGAGCGAAGGUCGAGGCCAAGGGCGGCGGCGGACGCGGCGGCGGUCGCGGUCGCGGUCGCGGUCGCGGUCGCGGGCGCGGUCGCGGGCGCGGGCGCGGGCGCGGGAGGGGGAAGAAGGAAGAGACCGUCGAGGAGGAGGAAGACGCGGCGGAGGAGGACGAGGAGGAAGACGCCGACGCGGAGAUGGCCGACGUCGAGGUGCGGGACGCCGACGCGUGA